AUGCUCCCACUUCUGUUCAUCACGAUCUUCCUCGCUGCCGGCGUCACGGCCAACAAAGUGGCCGGGAAAUACCAAGUCCUCUUCUUCUACCAGCUGUAUAGGCUCGAAGUUGAAGCUUUCGGCCUUGAAGUCUCGCGCAUGGCACCAGGCUGCGCCAAGAAUGGCGUCGUCUGCGACAUGGAGGCCUUUAUGAAGGAAAUCUGCAUUAUCGAUCGGAAACCAAAGUUUGGUGCCGAUAAAAAACCCAUCAUGAUCCCAAAUACCAACAGGCCGGAAAUUUUCGACUAUCCUGAUCUCAACAAGGUGGACUGGGCACGCAUCGGCGAAGGUGCAGACCUUGACGUCUUCGCCACCGAGUUUGACAAGUCUGGUUUCAUGGGCAAACUCGAAAAUGCUAAGAUAUUCAAGGGUUGGAAUCAGGAGAGCACUUUUAAAAACGUCAUGACGGAAGCGGAGGUCAUUGGCACGAAAGCUAUUGCGCAGCUCAAAAAGGAUGGCAAGCCUGCCGAUGAUCGUUCAAACAAGAUGAUUGCGGCGCUCAAGACUCAUGCCGACGCUCGACGAUACGAUCAGGCACAGAAUAUUCUCGAGGGAUUUUCAAAGUACAUGGGGGGAAAACGGUUCACUAUCGUAUAUACUGAUCCUAUAGAGAGGCCGCCAGUGCCGGGUUACCGAAAGAUUGACGUGGAUCGGACCAUCAGCGAUAACCAGGGCAGGGCGGGUUUUAACAAGGUGGAGGAGGUGGUGAAGAACUUUGUUACCAAGGAGAAUUCCGCGAAAAUAUCAUUGAGCCACGUCCAGGCUAUUGUUAAGACAGACGAAAUCCAUGAACAUUUGGCGGAGGCAUGUAAAGCAUGA